GCAGAUGCGGCCGCUCGUCCUGCGCCUCUUCCGGCUCGCAGAUUGGCGGCAGAUUCGUCACGGGCAACCUGCGGGAACCCGCGCCCCGGGCUCAGAUAUUCAGUGCCAUCUCUUUAGGCCCCGAGAGUCCUUGCUGUGUGGCCACGUGAGUUGGGCCUCGAACUGAGCGCUGAGCGGGCCUCGAGGGCCGUGGCGAAUCGGCGAACGGUGGGCAUUGGCGGAGCGAGCGGGGCCGCGGCACACCACUACAACUCGCUGGGCCCGAGGGUGCGCCCCUCCCGGCGAUCCCGGUCCUUCUUGACGCCCCUUCUGCCCCGAGACCCCCGCGCGUCCCGACGCCCCGUCCGGCUCCCCGAGGACCCCGCCGGUCCCACGUGGUCCCUGCCCGCUGCGCCACUAGGAUGGAUCCUGUGGCCUCUGCUGUCCGCCUGGCAGUCCAGGAGGCUGUUCACAGCCUUUCUUCAUCUGAGGAUGGGGGCCACAUCAUCUCCACGCUGCGGUCCCUGAGGCGGUACCUCGGUGAAACAGAGACCCAAGCCCCCCCUGAGGAGCAGGAGGAGUUUAGCAGGACCCACUUUUCCACCAUUCUCAGAUGUCUGGUCGGCAAGCUGAGCCCCGACUGGCUGGACCUGCUGCCUGAUGGCCAGUUGGAGGAGCUGUGGGCCAGCUUCUUCCUGGAGGGCCCAGCUGACCAAGCCUUCCUGGUGCUGAUGGAGUCCAUUGAGGGUGCUGCCAGCCCCAGCUUCCGUCUGAUGAAGAUGGCGCGGUUGCUGGCCAGGUUCCUGAGUGCAGGCAGGAUGGCCGCUGUGAUGGAGGGGCAGUGUGGGCAGCAGGCGGGGCCGGCCUCCCGCCUGCUCCAGGAGACCCUUCUCACCUGGGUGGUGGGCCUGCCCGAUCACCUGGGCAACCGUCUGCAGCGGGAGACGCUGGCUGCCUUCUUCCCUCAGAACUACUUCCCUCUGCUGGGCGAGGAGGUCCUGCGGGUGCUGCAGGCAGUGGUGGACUCUCUCCGAGGUGGCUUGGACUGCUCCAUCUCCUUUCUGUCUCAGGUCCUCGGCAAAGCCUGCAUCCAUGGGAGACAGAAGGAGAUCCUGGGCGUGCUGGUGCCCCGGCUGACAGUGCUCACCCAGGGCAACUGCCUCUGGCAGCGGGUCUGCUGGCGCCUGGUGGAGUGUGUGCCCGACCGGGCCAUGGAAGCCGUGCUGAAGGGGCUCGUGGAGGCCGCCCCAGGGCCGGAGGUCCUCUCACGGCUGCUGGGGAACCUGGUGACAAAGAGCAAGAAGGCCCAGUUUGUGAUGACGCAGAAGCUGCUGUUCCUCCAGUACAGCUGCUCGAUGCCCAUGCUGCAGAGCCUGCUGGGGUACCUGGCCAUGGAUAGCCAGCGGCGCCCGCUCCUCGUGCAGGCGCUGAAGGAGCUCCUGGAGACGUGGGGCAGCAGCAGUGCCAUCCGCCAUGCACCCCUGGAGCAGCAGCGCUAUGUCAGCAAGGCCUUACUCAUCUGCCUGAUGCACCUGGGGGAGGCGGAGCUCCGGGCCAGCCGGGAGGAGCUGCUGGCCAGCCUGAUGGAGGGAGUGAAGAACCGCCUGGACAGCAGCCUGCCGCCCGUGCGCCGCCUGGGCAUGAUUGUGGCCGAGGUGGCCAGCGCCCGGCUGCACCCUGAGGGGCCUCCCCUGAAGUUCCAGUAUGAAGAGGAUGAACUGACCCAAGAGAUGCUGGCCUUGGCCACGCCCCGGCCCGCGGCUGACGGCCCUUCGGAGGCAGGCCCGCCUGUGGCUCCCGUCAGUGGGGAGUCUCCUGACCAAGAGACGGUGGACUGUGGCAGCCCCCAGGCUGGGCAGGAGGGCUCCGACUCUGAGCUGGACAGUGAUGACGAGCUUGUCCCCUACGACAUGUCAGGGGACGGGGAGCAGAGGGGCAACAAGACGCCCGCGUAUGUGCGGGACUGCCUGGAAGCUCUGACCGCAUCUGAAGACUGGGAGCGCUGGGAGGCGGCCCUGCGGGCCCUGGAAGGGCUAGUUCUCAAGAGCCCGGCUGCCACCCGGGAGGUGAGCCUGGAGCUGGCCAAGGUGCUGCUGCACCUGGAGGAGAAGACAGCCGUGGCAGGGUUUGAGGGGCUGCGCCAGAGGGCGCUGGUGGCCGUCACAGUCACAGACCCGGCACGGGUGGCGGAGUACCUGGCCGUGCAGUUCUACGCCCUCAACUACAGCCUCCGGCAGCGCAUGGACAUUCUGGACGUCCUGGCCCUGGCCGCCCAGGAGCUGUCCCGGCCUGGGCGCCUCGGGAGGGCUGCCCAACGGGGCUCCCCGGGGCCCGGCUCCCAGCCCAGUGGGGCCGCGGUCCCGGCCUGGAAGGUGGUGGUGGAGGAGCGCGUCAGACACAAGACCCGGCGGUUCUGCAAGCAGGGCUCCACGGGGCGGGCAGCAGCUGCUGGCCCCAAUGAAUUCAACGCAGUGGCUGGAUACUUCUUCUUCCCCCUCCUUCAGCGUUUCGACAGGCCUGUGGUGACCUUUGACCUUUUGGGAGAUGACCAGCUGGUCCUCGGGAGACUGGCCCACACCUUAGGGGCCCUGAUGUAUCUGGCCGUCAACACAGCGGUGGCUGUGCCCAUGGGCAAGGCCCUGCUGGAGUUCGUGUGGGCUCUUCGUUUCCACGGGGACGCCUACGUGCGCCAGGGCCUGCUGUCCGCCGUCUCCUCCGUCCUUCUCAGUGUGCCGGCCGAGAGGCUGCUGGCAGACCUGCCGGACGAGCUUCUGGAGGCCCGGUCCUGGCUGGCAGAUGUGGCGGAGCAGGACGCGGACGAGGACUGCCGGCUGCUGGCGGUGAAGGCGCUGCUGCUGCUGGAGAAGCUCCGUGACAGGCUCCUCCCACUCUCCUCUCCUUAGGCCCCGACCCCUGACCCUUGAGCCCGGGAGGCACGUUGCUGGAUGAGCAGGGCGCCUAUUGCAUGCCGGAAUGCCUGCGGCUUGGCUCAGAUGUCCACCAGGGCCUUGGGCGCCGUCCCCCACGGCCUGGCACUGGGACACAGCCGCUGCGGCUCUGGGACUCGGGCUCCAGGAUGGCUGCUGGGCAAGAGCGGGGAGCCGCGGCUCAGCCUGGCCCCCAUGCAGACUGCAGACUGGGGCGUUGAGAACCCCGGAAGGAAGCAUGAGAGAGGGAUAGAUGGUUCUGUCUCCGGCAGGGACCCUGGUGCCCAGAUGGGGAGACGCGAAAUGGGGCCACGAAGGGGACGUGGGUCCUUGAGAAAAUAGGCUUUAUUUGGAGGAUUUCAGCAAGGAGACGCGGGGCUGAGGGUGGGAGAGGGUGAGGCAGCCCCUGACAGCCCCUCACAGUGGGAGCUGGUGACGGAAGGGGCGCAGCCUGGAGGGACAGAGCCUCCGGCUGCAGCCAGUGCCAGCUGCCGUCAGCCUGUGGUCAGGACAGGCUGUGCUGCAGGAACCGGCCAGACGUGCUGCCAGGCAACCUGUGUGGGUGCCGGGCGACACCUCUGUUUCUUACACCCUGUACUCAGGGGGAACGUCAUGGGGAAAAUAAACCUACUCCCUUUACUGCAAAA